AUGCAGCAAGCCGGAGGAUAUCCUAUACCGUCGUCGGUUGUGGAUCUACUAAAUGUUGUUGAACCCUCAUAUCAUAAUGUAGCUAGGUCAAUGGAGGUGGUAAACAAGGCACACACGAUGAGGAAGGGAAAUUGUUUAAACAAAUACAGCGUAUCACCUACCAAAACAGCAAACGCAAUCACAUUCCGGGAUGUUCAGAAGUCCACAGUAAGCUCAGCUUUCAAUCUUGACUUGAAAAUGUCAAAAUCCUUACCAUCGUCACCUAUGGCCACAGUCUUGAUCGCACACGGUAAGAACCCGGCGUCAGCAAGAUUGAUGAUGGCUGAUUGGAGAAAUAGGCAGCAUUCAUUUGAAGAUGGUCAGUCCGUCACCCCUCAGCUACAAGAAGAGACGAUCGAGACGACAACUGAUCAAUUAUUUACAACGACCGACGUGGUGGUCGAAAACUUGACGACGACCACGAACGAUACCAUAAGCACCGCAGAUCGUACAAGGAGAGGGCCGAGGACACAUUAUGGGGAAGCCGAUGACAAGCGAUGGUUUUCGGUUGAAGUAGCGACCAACGCAGAUCGGAAAAGUCCAUCACAGUAUUCCACGUCGAAUCUGGAAUGUCCAUGUCUCGUCAAUAAGUUGCAGCCGGAUAUCCGAUUUCCAGACGAACACGACAAAGAAGUGGGUGAAAAAAUUGGUGAUGGCACGGACUGGAGAAAGCUUUGA